AUGUAUCACAACUUAUCAAGAUGUUGUUUACUGUCAAGUAUUCACUUUCAGUUUCGUCUAUUCAGUGAUUAUAUCGAUAAUGAAUAUCUCAUACCUGAUGAAGCCAACACCACGUAUUUUCGUAUUUUGAUGUCAAAUGAUCCGUUCUUGGAUACACUUAUCUUUCUUGAUUUCACAGAAACAGAUAUUUACAAUACAAAUAUAGUAGCUGGUGUCGGUGUAACAUCAUCUUUUAGCAGAGCGAGUUUAACAUCGAUGACUUCAUGUACUUGGUCUACUGAUUUAGCACCAUAG